AUGACCGCGGGGCCUGUCUCUCUCUCCACUCCCAUCACUAAAGUGGUGAAGAACGACUCUUACACGCCACCGUCAGUCUCAGUGCCACCCGCCCGCCCCCCCACACAGACCCUGCAGCCCGUCUCCAGGACGACCGUCUCCACGCAACAGACCAGCGGACCCACACACACACCUGCACAGCCUGUCUUCAGUCCUCUGGAGGGCACAAAGAUCACGGUCAACAACCUUCAUCCUCGAGUGACGGAGGAGGAUAUAGUGGUGAGUUCAGCGCUUAAGCGGGCGCGGCUGGUGAAGUUGGGUGUGGCUGAGGUGGUGUUUGUGCGCAAGGAGGAUGCAGUCAGUGCUUACAGGAAGUACAACAACCGCUGCCUGGACGGUCAGCCGAUGAAGUGUAACCUGCACAUGCGUGGCAGUGUGAUCACGUCAGAGCAGCCCAUCCUCCUGAGGCUGAGCGACUCUCCCGGAGCUCCGGUGCAGAAGGACUCGGCGUCUCGCUCGGGCUCUAAAGCGCCGGGGCCGGAGGUGGAUCCGCAGACCAUCCUGAAGGCUCUGUUCAAGUCCUCCAGCCAGAGCGGCUCCAGCGGCGGAGAGACGAGCGCAGCACACGCCACUGCCUUCCGCAUCAAGAUCUAGCGCGCACACACACACACACGAUCACCAGCUCCCGUUUCUGUUCCUUUUAACACUGUUUCUGUGACUCUGUUCUCUCUUCUCUUCAGUAAAGCUCUUGCUUUAUAAUCA